AUGGCUGCGGAACUGUUAGCACGCUACCCUUGGGUAUCACGGCCCUUCAUUGCCAGUGCCCCGAUGCGCGUCAUGUCGGGGCCAGCGCUGGCCGUCGCCGUGUCCCGCGCGGGCGGCUUGGGAUUCAUCGGGCCCGCAGCCAACACACAAGACAUCAGUGUCAACCUCGAGGAGGCGUCUAGACUGGUCAACAACGCGCGCACGUCUUCGCCUUCGUCUAUGUCAAACUUGUUUCCACCGGCGAGUUCUUGCCUCCCGGUCGGCAUCGGCUUCCAGCUAUGGGCAGACGACGUCAACGCAGCCGCCGCCAGCAUCGAGAGGUUCAAGCCCUGCGCAGCCUGGCUCUUCGCACCACGAGGGGGCCCGGGGGAGCUUGAAGCAUGGUCCCGCCAGAUCCGCCGCGCAUGCCCGGAGACCCAGAUUUGGAUCCAGAUCGGGACGCUGGGGGAGGCAAGAGCGCUCCUGCAGCUCUCCGAGAGGCCGGACGUGGUCGUCGUGCAGGGCGCAGAGGCGGGUGGCCACGGCCGGGCAACGGAUGGGAUGGGUCUCGUGACACUGCUUCCAGAGGUUGCGGAUGCGAUGGCAGGCUCCCGGAUCCCUCUGCUGGCUGCGGGGGGCAUCGCCGACGGGCGGGGCGCUGCGGCGGCGCUUUGUCUGGGGGCCUCGGGUGCGGUGAUGGGCACUCGAUUCCUGGCUUCUAGUGAGGCACGCAUCAGCAAGGGAUAUCAGAACGAGAUUGUGCGUGCUUCGGAUGGCGCGGUGGCGACCACGCGCACCCUGCUCUACAACCAUCUCAGGGGCACUUUUGGCUGGCCGGCGGAAUACGAACCAAGAACCAUCAUCAACAAAUCGUUUCUGGAACACCAGGAAGGCGUCCCCUUCGAUGAACUCAAAAGGCGCCAUGACGAGGCUGCGAAGACGGGCGAUAGUGGCUGGGGACCAGAGGGAAGGCUUGCAACCUACGCGGGGGCCUCGGUGGGACUGAUCCAUGGAGUGAAGGCUGCAGGUGAUAUCGUCCGAGAGGUGCAAUCAGAUGCUUUGGAGAAGCUCAGGUUGAUGAAUGCCAAGGGCAAGCUUUGA